CAGUCUAAGAGGAUCAAGUGAUAUUCAUAUUUGCGAAGAAACUUUGUGAAAAAGUUACGAUGGUCCAGGAGGUAUAAUUUUCGAGAUGAAUACUUACCAAAACUGAAGGUAUUUUAAAUGUGGCUUCCCGUUUCAACGGUCGUUGUACUUUGCGUGGUGCUUGAUGGUACCGUUUCAAAGGAUAAUGAUCUGGAAAAUAUGUUUCGACAAAGAUCAAGCUCGGAUUGGCAAGAAGCGUGGCACCACGAAAAGUUCACACGCUGUCGCGACACGUUAAUACAACACCUUUAUUGGGCAUGUGAGAAAGAUAUUUAUCGUUUAAGCAGAAGAAGUGAAAAACCUCGAGUGAUAAAGUUAGGCGAACGCUAUGAAUAUGAUAAACCACCAUGGAUAUCUGUCAUGAGAGCUCGACAGCUCGUACGUAGUCGUCGAGGUGGAUCUUCAAUAACAUCUGAGUGUUGUAGUUCUUCAGGAUGUACAUGGGAAGAGUAUGCAGAAUACUGUCCUACAAAUAAACGUCAUACUGUAUUUGUAGAUUAA